AUGGGUGACUACUCGAAAGCACUUGAAUUUUACGAGAAAGAUCUCGAAAUCAAGAAAAAAGCUCUGCCUCCAAAUCAUCCCGAUUUGGCUACCUCCUACAACAGCAUCGGUGGAGUGUAUGACACCAUGUGUGACUACUCGAAAGCACUUGAAUUUUACGAAAAAUCACAUAAAAUCUACGAAAAAGCUCUGCCUUCGAAUCAUCCCCAUUUGGCUAGCUCCUACAACAGCAUCGGUGGAGUGUAUAACAACAUGGGUGACUACUUGAAAGCACUUGAAUUUUACGAAAAAGCACUUAAAAUAAGAGAAAAAGCUCUGUCUCCGAAUCAUCCCCAUUUGGCUAAUUCCUAUGGCAAGAUCGGUCAAGUGUAUAACAACAUGGGUGACUACUCGAAAGCACUUGAAUUUUACGAAAAAGCAC